AUGCUGAGAGCUCAGAUGGAUACCUCAUGCCAGGCCUUGUGUCGCUCACUGGUGAGCCAAAAUGAAAACAUCGACAUCUCACAGUCGGUGCUCUACACCUCUCUCAUGGGCUUGUUGCUGGUGGCUGACAAAGAGAGAGAGCUAACACUGGGCAGUGGACAAGUUGGACUGCAUAACGCCGGGAACACAUGUUUCCUGAACGCCAUUGUGCAGUGCCUCUCUCACACUCAGGGUCUUAGAGACUACUGUCUGACUAAAACCUACCUGCAGGCCAUGUGCUCCAGUCAAGAGCCUGAGCUGAUGAAUGAAUUCACCAAAGUUUUGGAAGGGCUGUGGUGCACAGAUGAAGGGAAAAGGACAGUAAAUCCUGAACAAUUCUACCAUGUCUUUAAAGAGGCUAUGCCUUACUUCAGUGGAUACAGUCAGCAGGAUGCUCAGGAGUUCUUGCGAUUCCUUUUGGACCGAUUACAUACAGAAAUCAACCGCCGACCCUCACGUCACCCUGCCACCUUGACCACCUCGACCACUCCUGAGCCCAGGUACACAAAGAAAAGUAUUUCGGAAGAAGCAGCUGUUAUGUGGAAGAGACAUGUGGACAAGGAUGACAGUAUAAUUGUAGAUUUGUUCUCAGGACAGCUGCGCAGCUCGUUACACUGCUCUGUCUGCUCACAUUACUCCAACACCUUCGAUUUGUUUUGUGAUCUGUCCCUGCCUAUCCCAAAGACAUGCGACUCCAGAGCAGGUGUGACCCUCCGAGAAUGUUUGGAUCUGUUCUCACAUGAGGAAAAACUCAGCAAAGAAAAUUCACCUAUCUGUGAGAAGUGCAAUCGUCACACAGAGAGCACAAAAAGUCUAACCAUCCAGAGAUUCCCUAAAAUCCUGGUGAUACACUUGAAGCGCUUUACAGCAUCAAGGUAUUCAAUCCGGAAAAGCACAGUACCGGUGUCAUUCCCUCUUACUGAUCUUGAUUUGGGACCAUUUGGACCAACGGACUGUGGCUCAGUGCUGUAUGACUUAUAUGCUCUAUGUGACCACACUGGCACUGUGAACAUGGGUCACUACACAGCUCUCUGCAAGGAAGAGAGAGGCUGGUGUUGCUAUAAUGACUCGUGUGUUACCCAAAUAUCUGAGGACCAACUUCAGUCCAGCCAGGCGUAUCUUCUCUUCUACAAAAUUAAAAACAGCACGGCCUCCAGGAAAUGAAUCUGUUUGAACAGACUCUAGUGGGCAAUUCCACUCCAAAAGGAAAAGUUUAUGUGGCAUUUCACAGACCAUUCAGCAGAAACCUGAUCGAGGAAGCAUGGAUUCGGUGAAGCUUACACAUUGCCGUCUGAUCGAGCUGUCAGCAAAACUGUUGGUUUUAUUCAAAAUACUUAGACUAUGUUUUGAUUAUGUAUAAGCAGGUUUGUUUAAACAUUUUCUACUAGGCCACAGAAUUUUUAAUGAAAAAUAAAAACCCUGCUUCAUCACAGAAAAUGUAUACAGGCAAUGAAUCCAUAAAACUGUAUCUCUCUAUUUGGCUUUGGUUAUACUGUAUCUUAAUCAAUAAGACUGUAGACACUUUUAAUACAUUACAAAUCUCCUGCUGUAUAGGUUGAAAGAUGUGGUUAUUUAACACAUUAACGUAAACCUGUGUUUACACACUGUAGAAAGUAUGCAGGUGAGUAAUAAUUUAAGAAACGUGCAGCCUAGUCAGCAAGUUGGAGUCUAAAGCUUUCUGCACGGACAGGACUAUUGUGUUCUUCCAAAAUUAGUUUUUCCUCAGAAAUACACCUUGAAAUAAGAAUCAUUAUUUAAAUGCCCAUUCCAAUUAACACCAAGUCUGAGUCUGUACAUGAAACUUAUGCCAUGAAGACAGGCGAUAUUAAUUUUUUUUUUUAAUUGAGAAAAAUAAACUUGAACCAUGAACUUUGUUGGGACCUUGAAGCUAUAA